AUGUCGAAACAAGUUGAUGUGUAUUCCAUACAAAUAGUGGUGACAUACCUUAAGGAGUAUGACGACUUCAUGAACAUCAUUUUAGUGUGUAAGAAGUAUCAACAUGUACUUGACCGCAUUCGAAUGAAUCCAAUUCAAAUUACUUCAAAAACAAAAAAUCUCUUCAAGUUCAUACAAACACAACAAUUUUUCUCACCUUUUGACAUCAAACUGAACACCGAAAAAUUUUUCUUCAAUUUUCCAAAAUGUGUUAAAGAGUGCCUUUUGGAAUUAAAUAAUUUCAACGUGUGUCCCCUCUCGGUUUAUACACAAGAAGACCAAAUUUAUUUGAAUGGAAACAUCCCAGACUUUGUAAGAAAAAUAGGCGAACAAUCUUUUGCACAUCUAAAAAUAACAUCUCUAGCAUUUUCACCUUCUGUUAUUGAAAUUUCAAAUUUCGCAUUUAGUGACUGCUAUUACCUCUCAUCAAUUAAACUUCCGUCAAAAUUAACACGCUUUGGCAGUUAUGCGUUUAACAAUUGCAGCGUUUUGAAAGCAAUAGAAUUGCCCAAACUACUUGAAGUAAUUCCGGAGUCAUGUUUUAGUGGGUGUACAUCGUUGUCUAUUAUUAAUAUUUUUAAUACAAACAUUACUUUCAAUAAGUAG